CCACCGGGCAGGCAGCAAAGGCAUCAAAGGAGGCAGGAGGGGGCUGCGCCAGGCGAGCAUCGGGUGUUGCCCCACCACGCCUGGGCGAGGAUGACCCCAGAGGAGGAAGGCUCGGAGGCAGGGCCCCCGCAGCACGUGCGGAUCCGGGUGGAGGAGCAGUCGUUCUGCGUGGAGAAGGCGCUGCUGGUGGAGAGCAGUGAGUACUUCCGUGCCCUGUUCCGCUCGGGCAUGAGGGAGAGCACGCAGGAGGAGAUCGGGCUGGGGGAGCUCAGCGCCGCCGGGUUCUUCACCAUGCUGCGGGUGCUGGCGGGCGAGAGGCCCGUCCUCGGCAGCGAGGAGACCUUCCAGGCGGUCGAGUGCGCCGCCUUCCUGCAGGUGAAGCCCUUGGCCAAGUUCUUGAUCAACUCCAUCAACUCCGACAACUGCAUCCUGCUCUUCCAAGCCGCUGCCAUAUUCGGCCUCCUGGACCUAUUCCGCUGCGCCGCGCUCUACAUCAGGGACAGCUAUGCCGAGCUGGAGGAGUACCUGGACUGCCUCCCUGCCGACCUGCUGGCCUAUGUGGAAUCCCUCCUGCCCAGCACCUUCGUGGCAGUGGGAGCCCAUACACCCACCUUCGAGUUCUUAGAGGACCUCUCCAGGACCCUCUGCUACCUGGACGAGGAGACCAACACGUGGAGGACCCUCUCCUGCCUGCCGCUGAGCGCCAGCACGUUCCUAGCCGGCAUGGCGACCAUGGAUAACAAGAUCUACAUCGUGGGUGGUGUGUACGGGGCCAGCAAGCAGGUGGUGGAGAGCAGCUUCUGCUACGAUGCUGACACCAACACAUGGAGCGAGUUCCCCAGUCCCCAUCAGCUGCGCUACGAUGCCAGGCUGGUGGCGCAUGAGGGCUUCCUCUAUGCCAUCGGUGGGGAGUACGAGAAGAUCUCACUGAAGUCCGUGGAGAGGUACGACCUGGCCUCCAGCACGUGGACGUUCGUCUCUGACCUGCCGCAGCCCAGCUCAGCAGCGCCCUGUGCCCAAGCCAUGGGGCAGAUCUUCGUUUGCUUGUGGAAGCCGCUGGACACCACCAUCAUCUACGAGUACCAGACCCAGCAGGACGUGUGGCUUCCCAUCACGGAGCUCAAGCGGCAGCAGAGCUACGGGCACUGCAUGGUGGCCCACCGUGACAACCUCUACGUGAUGCGCAACGGUCCCUCGGAUGACUUCUUGCGCUGUGUCAUUGACUGCUUCAACCUGACGUCUCGGCAAUGGACCGCGCUGCCCGGGCAGUUCAUGAACAACAAAGGAGCCCUGUUCACCGCUGUCAUCAAGGGUGACACCAUCUACACCGUCAACAAGAUGCUGACGCUCCUCUACUCCGUGGAAGAGGGGACCUGGAAGUUCAAGAAGGAGCGGGCAGGUUUCCCACGCAGCGGCUCCCUGCAGACCUUCCUCCUGCGGCUGCCGAGGCGUGACCACAAGAUCGCAACGUAGGUGAGCCCCCAUCCCACGUCGGGAUGCUCUCCUUGCACGUGGCCCUGCCUCGGCUCCCACUGCUCCCCCCUCCCCAGGGCUCCUCUCCUCCUCUGGGGAGUCGUGCUCAGGUCCGGGGAUGCUUCAUGAUGGACCUCAGAGGUGAAGCUAGACUCUAUCAGAGGGAAAGGGGCUGCAGGCAGCUGCUGCCUGCCCUGCAUGGGCUGUGUAUGAAGUCCUACCAGACGUAGGCUCAUGAGGCAACCACGUGCAGGGCUUCAUGGCUUCUGCAGAGGAUGGAUACCACAGAGAUGCAGACACGGGGUUUAUUUAUUCUGACCGCAUCCUGAGGGUGAGCAGCAUCCCACCUCCUCUGCUCCCGUGGGAAAUCAUCCAUUCUACCCUGGAAUUAAAAGGAAGGCUAUUAAAA